CUACGUUUUCAUUCUCCAGCCUCCCAUCGUCUGUUAGUGUUUCUCGAUUCUCUUGCAAAUCUCUUUCCUCGGCUUCGAAGCUCUUGUGUUCUGCAACUAUGUCGGACGAGGAGCACCACUUUGAGUCGAAGGCCGACGCCGGAGCUUCGAAGACUUACCCUCAACAGGCUGGAACCAUCCGUAAGAACGGUUACAUCGUCAUCAAGGGACGUCCUUGCAAGGUUGUUGAGGUUUCAACCUCGAAGACCGGCAAGCAUGGCCAUGCUAAAUGUCACUUUGUCGCUAUAGAUAUCUUCAACGGCAAGAAGCUGGAAGAUAUCGUUCCCUCUUCCCAUAACUGUGACGUUCCACACGUCAACCGUACCGAUUACCAGCUGAUUGACAUCUCUGAAGAUGGAUUUGUUAGCUUGCUGACCGAUAAUGGUAACACCAAGGAUGACCUAAGGCUCCCCACCGACGAGUCUCUGCUCAGUCAGAUCAAGUCAGGGUUCGAUGAUGGAAAGGAUCUUGUGGUGUCUGUGAUGUCGGCCAUGGGAGAGGAGCAGAUCUGUGGUCUCAAGGACAUUGGCCCCAAGAACUAGACCAUGCGUUCUUGCCGACAAGGUUUCAUCUUAUGUCCUGAGAUUCAGAUCGGAGGCACUCAACAGUCUUAUGAACAAUUUUUUAUUUUCAUAAAAAAAAAAAGUUAUGUGACCUUCCUCUCUUAUAUGAUAUGCUUCCAACUUUAAAUUAUUUUCUCAUGCUUUUUUUUUUCCCCUUCCUGUUUCGGAUUUGAAACUGUGUAUUAUUAUGAUUCGAGGGUUUUCGUUCUGAUUUUUUUCUCGA